CUUUGUAUAGUAGUGUUUCUCGCGACUCUUCGAUUCCUUGAUUGAUGGGCAAUGGAUGCCAAUCUGCUAGAAGCAGACGUGGGAGGCACAUUGAAAGAUGGAUUCCACAGCCAGGGCGUUUACAUUUACCGGCCGGCGAAUCAUUCUACACUAUUAGGAGAACGGCCUACGAAACGGCGUAAAGUCACCCGAACAAAUGAACUAAGGGCUGCGAAGCCCCAUCCUUUCGUGGCCCUUUUGAACGGCAAGGAAAAUGCGAAGUCCAUCGAACUACGAUACCGGACUUACCAGCAACUGUGGAACGCCCAGGAAUCGAAGAUCAAGGAAAUUCUGGAUGAUGUUGAUUCCGAGGUUCUGACAAACGUCCUGUCCUUUGUCAGAUCAACCUCACCCCGAACUUAUGACGGCUGCAUACCUGCGGGGCUGGUUACGGUUGGCUCGAAUGUCUCGUCCCUCGGACGAUUGCUCUCAAGACUCAACGACCAAUUGACUACGACUAGAGAAGGCGGAGUGAUCGUAUUGGAAUCUGGGGACGCCCCGAAUCUCAAGACGACUCUGAAGAAUAUCAUCCGCUUCGGUAUCACAAAUACGGAAGGGAACGACGGUUAUCAGAGUUUUGUGACCGACCGAGAGGGGCCUAGAGUGCUUGGGUAUGAUCUUGAAUUAUUAGCGGAUUAUGCUCAAAGGAAAGGGGUCAAAAAGCUGGUCCUAGCAUUUCGCGACAGUGAAGCGUUCGACCCUGGUAUUCUUGCAGACCUCUUGUCGCUAUUGAGCUCGUGGGUCGAUCGGAUUCCAUUCACGCUUAUAUUUGGUAUCUCAACGUCAGUGGAACUUUUUGAAGGGAGAUUACCACGGUCCACGGUCGCCCUACUACGCGGGCGAUAUUUCGAGAUCCACGAAGCAAAAAAUUGUGUAGAUCGCAUUUACGGGAGGAUACAAGCCGAGCAGGACGGGAAGUUCUGGUUAGGUCGCAACAUCACGAGCGUGCUGUUUGAGAAGUCAAGCGACUCUUUUCAGACCCCUGAGGCUUUCAGUCGAACAGUCAAGUAUGCCUAUAUGUCACAUUUCUUUGCCAAUUCAUUGAGCGUGCUCCUAGGAAAUGACGCUGUUCACACCAUACAGAAGGACAGAGUCUGCGAGUCCCUCAGAAACCUUCCAUCCUUCCGAAUGCUCUGCGAAAACUUAAUUGAAGAAGGUUCCGCUGAACGAGUUCGCAUAUUGUUGGGAGAUGAUGCCUUCCUGCUCGAACAAACCUUCCAGUGGUUAAAGCUGGGUCAGCAGAAAAUGCGCGACAUAUUCCAAUGCGUGAAUACAAUCUACCGUGCUUCGAAGCAUCUCAAUCUCUCUAAGAAGACCAGCAUGUCUGAUUUAUCAAUUCGGGCACUUGCAGGGGAGCUGCAAAACUCUGCGUCAUACGAGGAUCUUCUUCGAACAGUCAAGACGCUCAAUUCCGACCAACUGCAAGUCUUUGCAACGAUGUUGCCAACCACACUCAAAGAUCGCGCUGCAUUCAAGCAACUAGGAGCAGAGCUUGAGAGUCUGCUCCAGCCCUAUCAAGGAACGGAACCACUCAAGAGUGGAUAUGACAAGCAACAUUCAGUUGUGGCGACAACUGUCGUGCAACAGCGGGUGAAACUCAGCAAAGCCAAGGCUAGAUUGCCAAAGGAAAAUAUAGAAUUCACAAACGUCAUCGACCGGUUUUAUGCUCUCUUGGAAUCAUAUUUCGAGGAGACUCUAAUAAGGCCCAACACAUUGAUCUUGCAGGAAAUCUUCCUCCUCGAUAUGAAAAAUCCCCUCAAGGAAGUCUUCUCCCCGCGACCGCGUUUCGCUGUCGAACGGGCUCUCUCGAGCCCCUUCGACUACCUUAUCUCAUCAUCUGGGAGCGCCGAGGCCGGAAUUUCCGCGCAUCAGCCGGCGGCCGCUAUCUUAUAUCAAUUGUAUCUAGAGUCUGGUUCCCUAGUCAACAUUCAUGACUUGUGGCAGGCCUUCUAUGCCGUUUUCGAAAGCGACCAAGGAGAUAGUUGUGAUGAAAGGACAGUGAUGGCCUUGUUCUACAGGGCCUUGUCGGAAUUGAAGGCGCUCGGGAUGGUCAAAAGCAGCCGGAAGAAGGCCGAUCAUGUUUCUAAAACGGCUUGGAUGGGUCUCUGACUGGAGUGACGACAUACUCCUUCCGAAUCUCAAAGGGUAUCAUGAUUAUCUUGAGCAUGCGGUAUAUUCCUUUUCAGCUUCCGUAUUCUGUAUUCCAGAAUGUCAUCUCUCC